AGCUGGCUACAACUUCUGAUCCCGGCUUCUUCUGUCACAGAUUAUACUGCCUGCUUCAACCACACUGCUGCUUCACUUGUUCUUCCUGCACAGCUGCUCACAUGCUUUUAGUCUGAAAGAUGAAAAAUAAGUCUGUAUGCAGAUGAACUUUAAAGCAAGAGACAUAAUUCCUUCCUUUUAGAAUAUAUUUAAAAUGGACGGUCAAAUGAAUCCUGGUUCCAAAAAAUUAAACUCUUUAAGAUCCGUCAAUGAAGCAGGAGAGAGAUGUGAUGAAGCACAGCUGCUGUGGGGGAGGCGAGUGGUGGAGUCGGUGAGUCACACCUCCACACUCCUUCAAGCGGAUGUGCUUUACUUGACUUUCUCGUGUUUUCUGACUUCCAUCCCUCUGACUGCAGAGCUAAACCUUUCUGAAGGGGCCACCGUUUCUCUUUUUUUGAAGGUCUUUUUGGCUCAAAUUACUGCAACUUUGACUGUGGCACUCAAAGUUGACCAUAAAAUAAUCUCCAUCAUGCAUAAAUGAGCUGAAUUUUGAGAGUUUGAAGUCUGUUUUUUUUCAACACAGUGAAGUCUUGAAGGCGGCAGUCAACAUCCGCUUGAUGAAGAUUGAGACGCCUCCUUCUCAACAGCAAAUAUUAGACCUGAAAGGACAGAACAACGAUGCACAAAGCGACCAUGGAGGAGUACCUGCACAGACCGGAGGGGCAGCAAACCAAGAUGGCCUAAAGAACCUUCACAAAGUCUGGCCAUUGGAGAUGUGUUGACUCUACAAGUUUGGGACAUUUUCAAGAAUAGACGGGCACCGAUCAGUUCAGCAGUAGUGUUGUCGCUUCCUUGAAACUGGUUUAAACAUUUCCGGCUCAAUAGAAAUAUCUGAUGCUUGCAUGCGGGAGCUCGGCACAAAACAAAGAGGGAUUGCUUGAACAGAACGGAGAACCUUUUCUAUAAAGAACCAGAGAAAUCAGGAGGACUACGAUAAACAUCAGCAACAAUGAAUGGCUACGAGGCAGAAAUGUCUGUGAAAUGUGUUCUGGUUGGGGACUGUGCAGUUGGAAAGACAGCCUUGCUGGUCCGCUUCACCUCAGAGACCUUCCCUGACGCGUACAUGCCCACAGUGUUUGAUAACACCGGCGUGGAGGUGUACAUGGAUGGCGUCCAGAUAAGCCUGGGCCUGUGGGACACUGCGGGCAGCGACAACCUCAAACAGAUCCGACCGAGGUCAUACCAGCAGGCCGAUGUCGUCCUUAUUUGCUUCUCCGUGGCGAACCAUAAUUCUCUAGCCAACAUUCAACGUAAAUGGAUCGCGGAGGUUCGAGAAAACCUGCCCAAAGUCCCAGUGCUGAUUGUUGCGACCCAGACAGACUUAAGGGAAAUGGGCGCACACCGGGGUAGCUGCAUCUCACCAGCCGCAGGAAAACAAGUCGCUCGUGACGUCCACGCUAAGGGCUAUCUGGAGUGCUCUUCCUUGAGCAACCGUGGGGUGCAGCAGGUGUUUGAGUACGCCGUGCGGACAGUCUUCAACCAAGCCAGGAAACAAGCCAGGAGGCGCAUAUUUAACAUAAACCAGUGCAAGAUCUUUUGAUCCUUGACCUCGACUUGAUCAAGACAUCAUUGUCCUGAUCUUUUAGACUGUCGUUUAAACUCACGUCUGUGAAGAAUCUCAGUCAUCCAGGUCAUGUUUUUACAGGAUUCUGGGCAACUGAAGCGCAACUCAACAGACUUUACAAGUCCAGAAGACACGUAGAUGUGUGAUAUUUUGGAUUUUAUUGAUGCUUAACUGUGUUACUUUUUGAGAAACAUUUGUCAACACUCACAAGUCUUACAAACUCAGAAUAGACUUUAAAAAGGGAUCAUGUGGAUUUCUUACUGCUGCAAAAAUCUGUAAAAGUUGUUUCUAUUUAAGUUGUUUAGGAGAGCAUAUAUGUUGUGAUUUGCACAUUUGUCUAAAUCAAGUAGUUAUUUCUUUAUUAAUAGACAAAGUGUGUGCCUUUGAAUUUGUUCCUUGUGAUUUCAACAGGGGGAAGUGAUGCUCAGACUUAAAACUUUAGCCGUGGCAGAUCAACAUUAACAGUGUUUUCCCGUUUUCUAAUAGACAAGUUUAAUACGAUGGAGUUGGAGUGAAAAUGUAUUUGUUUCAAAAUCAAAACUGCAGGAUUAAACAUGUGUUUUCUUCGCAUGUUGUUCUAUUUUUCCCUGAUACAACUGUGUUCAUAAAUCAUUUGACGACCAAAUUCAUCUAUCGGUAUGAAGCCCAUUGAGACAACUAUUGCUGUAAUAUUGGGCUAAAUUAAUAAAAUUGAAUUGAAUCUAAACAGGAUAUACAGAAAAUGCAGAAUAUAUAUCGUCAAAAUAUUUAAAUUAUUAUUUGCUUAAAUCUUAUUUGGUUAAAUGUAUUGGUGCUGUCAUUACUGCGGUAUAAUAAGGCUGUAUGCGAGUGACCAACAGACCACAUCGAAACUUUUCCGGUGUCGUCUACGAAACUUUAAAAAAUACGAAUAUUAUUCAAGUUAAGUUUUUAUGCAAACGUUGUCUAUAAAUAGCAUGAAAGCUAAAUUAAAUGUUCCUAAAACAAAACCCUGAAGGGCAUAAAACCACAAGUGACUCAAAAUUUUGUGCAUUAUGAGUUUUUUGCAAAUGAUGUCCUUAUAUUUCCGAAAAAACCAUGUUGUGCAACUUGAUUGUGUGUUUUUACCUGUUUAAAAAAAGCAAUUAUUAAACAAGUCGUUAUUUGCAA